AUGAAAGCCCAAAGGGUCAUUCUGGUGACUCUCUGGCUUUCGUCACUCACGAAACAGAGCCUCCAGGCGUGCCGGGAAGCAUACAAGAAGCCGGGGCCCACGCACACCGCCUGCUUACCGCCGAACCCGGACUGCACCAUCGAGUCGAGACGGGUGAGCAUGGCUGAACAGAGAGUCAUCCUCGUAACGCACAACGCCUACAGAAGCAUGGUGGCCAUGGGAAAACUAAGGUACUUUCCUGAAGCCACGAAUAUGCAGCAGCUGUUCUGGGAUGAAGAGCUGGCUUCUGUGGCACAGGCGCUGGCCGACCAGUGUACACCCGACAGCGGAAAGCUUAUUCACGAUGAACCCGGUGCCCGUUUCACCACCAAGUUUAACUUCACGGGACAAAACUUAGCUUUCCGCGCAAGCAGUGCCCCCUUCAAGGGCCCCGACUGGCUUGGUCCUAUCAAGGCGUGGUUCAACGAAUACCCGCACUACCCGCCGAGUAGAUUGGGCAACUUCUCGUCUCGCUCCGGGGAUCCUACCGGACACUUCACGCAGCUUGUGUGGGCGACGACGCGCUACUUGGGCUGCGGCUACGUCAGUUACACCGUCGUCGGUUACUCGCGGUUGCCGUACAUGCAGCUGUACGUGUGCAACUACGCUGACGCUGGCAACGUCUACACGUUUCCCGUGUACGAUGCUGGUGAUAUGUGCUCAGCUUGCCCCGAAGGCACCACUUGUGUCAAGGAGACCGGACUCUGCUCGUCUCUUCAAGACGGUCGCCAGUCUGGAACAAAGGCGGAGCUCCCAGAAGCGCGUCGCGAUGAACGCAACAAUCACUAUGCGUCAACUCAAAAAAGCACAGCACCUGGAAAUGACCAGCCGUUCUGGUCUGCUGCUACGAGGGUGUGA